UCAGUUUUUUACAUGUUUUUAAUAAAAAAAUAAUUUAAAAAGAAAGUUACUAUAUAAUGUGUGAAUUAUCUUGUAUAUUUUAAACAAUAAUUUAAAUGAUUAAUUUAAUUACUUGUACAUACGUAAAGUGAUAAUUAAAACCGGUUUGUUUAUUAGGUUUUAAUUGUGAUGUGUUUACUGUUUUGACUGUACCUACAAUUAAGCGGGAAGAUGUUUAAAAUAUUCCUUUUUAUAUUCUGUGCUGCCGUUGUCUCUGCUCAGUAUGAAGGUGAACCUUGCACCAAAGAUGGUCUACCAGGAACAUGUCUCAACAUAAGACAGUGCCAAUCAGCUAUAGACGACUUCAAGAAUCGAAUACAACCUCAGAGAUGCGGCUUCUCCGGGUUCGACAUCGUGGUAUGCUGCGUGGAGAGAUCAUCUCCAAAACCGGAACCUAUUACCACAACACCACGACCGGAAGUCGCUACAACUACAAGAAGAUCUUCUACCACUACAGAACCGUAUGAGCCAGAAAUUAAUACAUAUGUCGAUAACGAGACGGGACAAACUGUAGGGAUCAGUACGGGGUCCUGUGCCCCGUUGCCCCCCUCACAGACCGCUGAGAAGACUGGCCAGAGAGCUUGGGAUAAGUGUAUCGAGUACCAGCAGACUCUGGUGUACCCUUGUGAGAAGUCUGUGGUCCUCACCGGCACCCUGAGCAGGGGGAACUAUUGUAACCACAAUGCUGAUGGACUGAUCAUCGAUGGAGAGGAUGCACUCACUAACGAGUUUCCUCACAUGGCGCUGCUGGGGUACGGGGAGCCACCUAACAUCCAGUGGUUGUGUGGUGGAACCGUAUUGAGUGAUAGGUUCAUUCUCACAGCUGGACAUUGCACGGUGCAUAGAGACUGGGGGAACAUAACGUACGCCGUGGUGGGCAUACUGAGGCGGGAUGAGGUGGAUAACACGAGGAUCGUGAGGAUCGCCCGAGUGAUCAAGCACCCAGACUACCGCCCACCGGCGAGGUACAACGACAUAGCACUUCUGGAAGUGGCAUCACCAUUCAGAUUGGGUCCAUCAAUAAUACCAGCUUGUCUGUACAUCGGGGAUCGAGUGGAUGAUGACCGUGCUUCCGCCACCGGUUGGGGCGUUACAGUGAACCGAGGGACAGCUGAUAACAACGCUGAGGUCCUGCAGAAGGUGAUCAUAAAUAAAUUCACACCAGACGAGUGCAGAACAAAGUUUCCUAAAAAUAGACUUAUGAAACAAGGCUUCGAUGCAAACACCCAGAUAUGUUACGGCGACAAGAAAUCUAAGAAGGACACUUGCCAGGGCGACAGUGGAGGUCCACUCCAAAUCAAGAGCUUAAAAAUCAACUGUAUGUACGUGGUCAUAGGAGUGACGUCAUUCGGGAAGGCGUGCGGGCAGGCCGGCGAGCCUGGCAUAUACACGCGCGUCUCGAAGUACGUGCCUUGGAUCGAGGAUAUAGUGUGGCCUUAAGGUCGCCUUAUCAGACUUAUCCUUACGAAUAUCUUAUUAAU